AUGCGUAACCUUUGCGCAUGUGAUUUCAGAUACAUCCCACAGGAAGAACAACCCAGAUACCAGAAUCCGGUGCAGGUGGCGACAGCAAGUCGUGGUCGAGUAGUGGUAGGUAUGACACCACGAAACAUGAAACAAGUCACAUCCGGUCCCCGUCAACCCAUAGCAGCAAUAUUUAAACCAAAUGCAGCGAUUACUCCACAAGAACAAAUUCAGAAGAAAAUCGAUAAGGCGAAACUUAAACUGGAGGAGAUAGCGAAACUAGAGAGGGUAUCUUUUCAGGAAAGAAUAAGUAGCGGCGAAAUCAUUCCGCUUCCUAAUCAAUUAAUAAAAAUUGGACGAAAAUCUGAGUAUGAAAGCGAGAUUGAAAAGCUCACGGAAGAAAUGGAAAAAUUAUAA